UUUCUUCUAAUUCCCAAGAUGUCCGUCGAUCUGAUAGACUUCGAGAUAAACAUAAACUUAUUGAAAAAGAAAGAAUCCCUCAACUUCCUGACGAUAUUAUUCAUAAUAUAUUUGAAUUGGUGGCUUUUCAAUGUAGAUUCGCUUGUUUAUUAGUCUGCAGAAAAUGGUGUAGGCUCAUGGUUCCUAUAAUUUGGAGAACUCCUUUUGCUACUAAAUAUAUAAAAUAUCCUUGGACUGGUGGAAAAUUUUGGUUAUCCGAUAUAAUUGCUACUUAUAUCGCUUGUCUCGAUCCUCAAAGCAAAUUCUUUUUAAGGCAACAUGGUAUUAAAAUUCCUCAUUCUAAAAAACCUUUAUUUCAAUAUCAAAACUUUCUUUACGAAUUUCAUUUACCUCAACUUGAAAAAGUCGUUAUCAAUUGGUAUAGUAAUAGUCAAAAUAUUGAUCAAGAUUUGAAAUAUUUAUGUUGGCAUUGGAGAGAACCAACUGAUCAAAGAACUAAAGUUAUUAAACGAAGAAUUAUGCUUUUAAUGACUGAAAUUUCAAAACUUUUAUUCAAUUCCGCUUAUAUUAAAAGAACUGAUUUCACUAUUCAAUUUAACAGUAUCUUUGUCCCUCCUUUGGAUACUUUUAAUAGAUUUUUGGUUUUCUCUGAAGAUAUUACUUUUUUGAAAAUUUGUAAUAGUGAUUCUAAUAUUAACUUUCCUGAAAACCUUCGUGAAAGUACAAAUGAUCUUUUAUCUUCAAUGAACUCUUCUUUUCAUAAUCUUCAAUAUAUUGAUAUAACCGGUCAUGAUGUUCUGAAUCCCUUAAUUAUUUCCUUAAUCAAAAAUCAAAGUCAUCUUCGUUCUCUCGUAAUUCGUUGGGCUAGAGUCAUUAAUCCUAUUCUUAAAAUUUUAUCUUCAAGUACCUUUGCUACCUUAUCUUGGCUUGGAUUUGAUAUGGUGCACGCAAGAUUAAAAACUUUUCAAUUAUUAUCUGCUUGCAAAAAUUUAGUUUCUUUGGUUUUGUACAACGUCAUGGAACUUCACGCUGAACCUGAAAUUAAUAUUCCUUGGGAUCUAGUACGUCCUCUUUCCGUUAAAAAACUCUUUAUUUUCGAUGAUGGUCGAUACGCAACAAACAUUCGUCCAAGUUUCAUUGAAAUUUUUCGUAUUGUUAAAGAAUGUUUGCAAGAACUUACAAUAGACAUUUUAUAUCCGCAUCAAUCAAGAGACAUAAUUAGUGCCAUGAUGGAAACUUGCUCAAAUAUCAAAUAUCUGGCUCUUCAUAUCAAACAAAUAGAUACUACCGAUGAAUUUAAUAAAUGUGAAUUUUUUCCUGAAUCUUUAACUUAUUUGGAUUUAGAUUCUUAUAUUACCCCAAAAGAAUUAGAAGCUUUAUUAAGAUCUACUACGCAUGUUAAUUUUAAAAAAAUUGGUUUAAAUUCUACUAAAGGAAUUACCGAUGAACAUUUACAUAUUUUAAUGAAAUAUUCUGAAUUUUACAAAAGUCUUGAAGAAGUCACUUAUGAUAGAUGGGUGGUUCAACAUAUGAAUAGGUUUGAUAGGUUUGAUAGAAGGAUGAUGUUUACUUGUAAUAAUGGUUUGAAAUUUUCAGAGUUAUCGGAUGAAAAGAUGGAAAAGGCUGGAAAAUUUAUUAAGGUUAUUAGAAGGGAACAAUUUUUACCUUUUGAAAACCCUUUAACAAAAUAUCAUGAUUAUAAAUUACCUUGGGAAUAG